CGAAAAUACCGGGUUGGAUGCAUUGCAGAUGUUGAUUACAAUUUUUAAUAUAAAUAAAUAAAAGAAAAAUGCGCGUGUAUAAGUGAAUUUGAUUUUGUGCCAGUUAAUUUAAGAUGGAGCCUUCAAAAGAAGCAAUCGCGGUUCGCAUCACGCGGCUAAACCGCAUAAUUUUGGGGAAAGUGACAGGUGGGACUACGAGGUUUAGUAAGAAGACAAUAGAUCGCGAAGCCCUAUUGGAUGCCCUCACAGUACUCUACGAUGAAUGUAAUGAUGAUCCGGUCAAGAAGAGUGAUGACUUGGUUAAAGCGUUUUUGGACAAGUAUCGGAGCACAUUGGCAGAACUGCGCAGGACUCGGGUAUGCAUAUCAGAUUUUGAUAUGAUACAGACCAUUGGCCGGGGACAUUUUGGAGAGGUUCAUAUGGUUCGGGAGAAGCAAACUGGAGAUGUGUAUGCUAUGAAAACACUCCGUAAGGAACAAUCACGUAAGCGUGCAGAUGAGGAACGAGAUGUGCUUGCCACAGCCACUGGACCUUGGCUGACGAAGCUGCAAUAUGCUUUCCAAGACAGUAGCAACCUGUACUUAGUGAUGGAGCUGUGUUGUGGGGGCGACCUGGCGGGGCUAAUGGCGCGCCGUGCGCACCCGCUGCCUGAGCGAGACGCCGCCUUCUACGUCGCGGAGGUCGCGCACGCACUCAAAGCUCUCCACGGCAUGGGUUACGUGCACAGAGACGUCAAACCAGAGAACAUACUGCUAGAUAGAUGCGGUCACGUGAAGCUGGGCGACUUUGGUUCGUCGGCGCGGCUGUCGGAGGGGGGGUGCUCGGGCGUGGCGGUGGGCACGGCGGACUACAUGGCGCCGGAGCUGCUGGCGGCGGCGGACUGCGCGGCCCAUACUGUGUGUCAACAGUACUGCGCCAGGCUCGUUACCACUGCCAUUUCUUCGUGCGACUACUGGUCGCUGGGUGUGAUCGCGUUCGAGAUGGUCACGCUACGGCGGCCAUUCUCCACGGGAGAGGAAGACUCCAUUGCGGAAAUACUUAGCAAUAUACAAAAGUAUGAGCGUGACUCGAGUCCGCAGCUUCCGUGGGAGCCCCCUCCGGCGAGUCCGUCCCGCGAGUGGCGCGGGCUGGUGGCGGGCCUCCUGCGGGUACUGCCCUCCAAGCGGUACUCCUACCUCGACACCCUGCAGCACGCCGCACUCACUCACAUGCCCAUACACAACAUCAGAGACCAGGUGCCCCCUUGGGUCCCGUGUGUGCGCGGUGCAGAGGACGCGUCUUUCUUCAACGUCCCGGCGCGGGCCCCGCAGCCCCCCAGUGCUGCGCCCUUCCGGACUCGCCCACCCUUUGCAGGACAACUACCCUUUGUCGGGUACUCGUACGUGGCUGCAGAGGAGAACGAGGACCACAGCGGAGGGUUCAACGCCUCGCAUGAUUGUACCGCCAUCGACCUCGCUACGUUUAAGUCGGCAGAGAAGCUCGCGGCGAUGCGCAGCCGUGAGAUCUCGUCGUUGCAGGCGAAACUGGCGGAGGCCGAGGCACAGGCCGGGGUCACUGCCGACCGGAUCCGACAAGAGGCCGAAGCUGAGGCUGAGAGACAGCGAGUGCGGUUGCAGGCCGAGAUAACUGCGCUCAGCUUGCAGAACAAACGGUUGGAGCGUCAGGUGGAGGUGGAGCGCGAGGAGCGCAUGGCCCUGCAGCGCAGCAACCAGCAGCUGGCGGCCGGCGCGGCCGACCGCGGCGCCGCCGACCUGCGCAGCGCGCGCGCCGCCGCCGCCGCCGCGCUCGCCGAGCGCGACCUGCUGCAGGCCCAGCUGCAGCGACACGACGAGCGCCUGCUGCAGCUGCAGGCCGACUGCCAGCGCGCCCGGGCCGACGCAGACGCCGCGCGGGCCCAGCAACAACACUACAAGUUGCAUAAUAUUUGCCAGGACUCAAUAGCAAAAGAGCGGGCAAUCCGUCGUCAAACAUUGAGCGGUGGAGAGGCGGAGAGUCGUGAAGCUGCGGCGCGUAUCGCCACCGCCGAGGCUAAUGCCGCCAAGGAAACGCGAGCCAGGCAUGCAAUCGAGGCCAAGCUGGAGAAGCUGGACCAGGAGAAUAAGGGACUUCGGAAUGAACUCGACGAGGCUAACAGGAACCUCAUGGACACACAGGAACGUCUGUGUGAGAAGCAGCGCAUGGCCAGUACGUGCUCGGACCAGGUGAAGGAAUUGCAAACCCAGCUGGCGCAGGAACGAGUGCGGGCCUCCACUCUACUUGCACAAGUACAGAAUGUAAUAAUAGUGAUGGAAUGCAUGGAUAAGCGCGUGUGGUGUGUGCAGGAGUUGGAGCGUGGCAUGGAGGAGUCGGUGCGGCGCGAGAGUGCGCUGGAGGAGCAGUGCGCGCGGACGGAGGCGCGCCUGGCGGAGCGCCUGCGGGACGCAGAGGCACGCGCCGCCGCCGCGCUGCAUGACGACGCCAGGCAUCGGGAGAAGGUGAACACCCUAGAGCAGCUAGUGAGACAGUUGGAGAGAGAAGUGAGUGCUCUAGAGAAGCGCUCCUGCGGGGCCUGCGCUGCCGCAGCCUCUACGUCGGCGCAGCCCGAGAGUGACCGCGGGGACCUCCCGGCCAGCGCCAGGGGGGACGCCAGGAAGGAUACGCACAGUGACACCGAGAGUGUCGGGGAUGCACAGGCACAAGCACAGCUCUCCUUGCUGAAGGAACAGCUGGAGAAGGCUGAAGCUCAAUUGCAGGAACGCGAGUAUAAUGAAUUAUCAGUGGAAACAAAGUCGACGACACGCGACCUUAAACGUGCGGAGGAACGUCUGGCUAACGCCAUUGAGGCACGUAAAACCGCGGAGCAGAAAGCCGGCGAGCUCGCCACGGAGCUCGCCAAACUGCGGCCGGAACAUGAGCUCGCCACCAAGGAAGCGGAGCGACUCAAGAUGCAAUUCGACAAGCUUGCAAAGACACAUGAAGUGGUACAGGCAGAAGUUGACAGGUCCCGCAAUGACAUCCGCAAGUUGAAGAGCGAGCUCCAGUACAGCGAGAAGCGCCGCCUGCACGCUGAGGAGCAGGAAGAGCUCUCGUCACGCGAGCGCGCCCAGCUCAGGGACGACCUGCAUCUGCUGCGCCGAGAAAACGCAGAGCUCGCGCAGUGUCUUGGCACAACUGUGGAAUCGUGGCAUCUAGUGUCAGUGCCGGGGUUACCGUGUGAGGGCAGGGCGAUGGAGUCGCUGCCGCCGCGGUACAAGCGCAAGAGUAUCGAGAAGCCGCCCGUGCGGCCCAAGCCGGCCUACCUGCGCACGCUGUUCGGGGGCGCGGGCGGGGGCGCGGCGCGGCGGGGGCGCGAGGGCGGCUGGGCGCGCCGCGUGCGCCUGGCGCUGGCCGCCGACCUGCUGCAGGGCCGCUGCCGCGCCGCCGACACCGCCAUCACCGCCAUCAACAAGCAUUUCGUCACGAACAACAAGGCGCUGCAGGAAGCGUGUGGCAUGCUCGAGGAGCAACUGACAGACCUGGAGAAGUUAGCUGACAUACACGAAAUCAAGAACAAAGAUCUGGAGGCCCAGCUAGCGGGCGUCCGCGCGGAGCUGGAGUCGUGUCGCGCGCGGCUGGUGGCGGCGGAGGCGGCCGCCUGCGAGCGGGGCGUCGCCGCGCAGCGCGCCGCCGACCUGACCCACGACGCGCGCGACCAGGCGCGACACGCGCACUCACAGCUACAGCUGCUCACGGAGCGGCUGGAGGCGCGCGAGACGCGCGUGGCGGAGCUGGAGGCGCGCGCGGCGGCGCUGGAGUCGGGGCGCGCGGCCAGCGAGGCGGCGCUGGGCGCGGCGGCGCGUCGUCUGCGCGACCUGCAGGAGGAGUGCGCCGCGCUGCGCACGCGGGCCCACGCGGCGCACGCGCAGGCGCUGGCGCUGCAGGCCGAGCUGCGCGACGCGCGCGACGAGCUGGCCGCCGCAAGGGACGCCGCCGCCGCCGCCGACGCAUGGUGGCGCACGCGCGAGACCAAGGCCGACGCCACGCUGCGCCAGCAGGCCAAGCUCAUCGACUUCCUGCAGGCUAAAGUGGAGGAGGCUGGUCGAAAGAAGUGCUCACUGAGCAACAAGUUGUUCGGACGGUCGGGACGCAGGCCUGCAGCCUCGCCGCCAUUACGGAGAGCUAACAGAGAAUUGCGUGAAGAAGUCGAGAGGUUACGCGCUAAACUAGCAGCUUGCAAUGCUGACGGCGGCGGGGAUGCGGGCUACCCCUCGACACCUAAGCGUGAGAAACCGAAGCCUGUAGUCAAUGGGUCAAAGAAAAGUAUUGACUCCCCCGAUGGAUCUCAAGACAAAGGAUUGCUGAUCGUUUGGGCGGACGGCAGCCGCGAGCGUAUGCGCGCGCGCUGCGUGGACGAGUGGCUCGUACUCAGCAGUGGCAGUCGCGAGCUGCGGGGGAAACUGCUUACUGCCGAGCCCAAGAACCUGCCGCACAACGAGGCCAACAGGGCUUUUAUGGUGAAGCUGGAGGCAAGCGAGCGCGGCAGCGUGGCGGUGGUAUGCUCUAGCCUGGCGGAGCGCAGCGCGUGGCUGUCGCGGCUGGCGGCGGCGCAGCCCCCCCUCGCGGGGUACGCGCCGCUGCACCUGGCCGCGCUGCCCAGCCUGCCCCACGCCGCGCUCUACGUCGCGCCCAACGCUAUCGCCAUCGGGUGUGAGGACGGGCUGUACUCGCUCCGCGGCGCCGUGCGCGUCGAGGUAGGCGGCGCGCUGGCGGCGGGGCGCGGCGCCGGCGUGGGCGGCGUGCUGGCGGGCGGCGGGCGCGCGCUGCUGGCGCGGGGCGGCGCGCUGCUGCACGCCGGCCUGCUGGCGCUCGGCUCCGCGCUGCGCCGCGCGCCCGACCUGCGCGCCGCGCUGCCCGCCACGCUCGUGCCGCUGCCUGACUCCUCGCCCCCGCAUCUGCUCAAGGGCAUCAAUAGCGACUCCCUGGACGGUCCAUGCGCCGCGGUGGCGUGCGGUCGCCGCGUGUUCCUGCUGCGGUACGAGGCGGCCUCGUCGGAGUUCAAGAUUGCUCGCUCGCUCACUGUAGACCGGCCGGCCAACUCCCUGCUGCUCACUACCAAGACUUUGUACAUCGCGGGAGAAAAACCGCUCAAACUGAACCUUCCUUCGGGCGCCCUAGAGGCAUUUGGCAUGGAGGAACCCACUAUCGCCGCCGCUGCUAAAAAACACUCCCCACCUAAAGCUUUCUUACUCAUCAAGGAGAAACCUACUGAGAUCCUCCUCUGCUACGCAGAGUGUGGAGUAUUUGUCGACGAAAAUGGAAAACGAACUCGUAACGAAGACCCUAAGUGGAGCACGGCCGUGUACAGCUGGGAGUUCGUCAACCCCUUCCUGUAUGUGAUAGGAGACGACAAAGUGACCAUAGUUUACCUAAAUGACGACGCGUACAGGACGCCGCCAUGCACCUGUGAUACUGCCUCGCUUGCUUCGACGGCAUCCGAAUGUUACUUGCCUGAAAUAUUUACAUUGAAGUUGAAGGAACCCGUAUUGCUAGGUACUGCACCGCACGGUAUAAUAAUACGUACUAAGUCUGAAAGCGGUUACAACGUCUCCAUUAUCGAGGGUAUGACCGCCUUCAGGAGCGUCGGCGCUUCCGUAGAAUCUCUAGCCACUAUAUCGGAUACGCGAGGGUCCACCACAGACCUUGCGCAGUCGCCGACGGACGGCACCCCGCAGGAUAUCUCGCAAGAGAGCGUCGAGGUGACCACGGGUUUCCUCGCAGACAUCCGAAAACGAGCGAGACAACUGCGCAACAAGCACCGCAAGGAGCAGACGCCCGAUGACGUCAUAAAAGAAAUAUUAACAACGGAGGUCGAUCUGAAACGUACAACUAACGGAAGGAAAUCUCCCGCGACUAUUUCAGAGUUUGACUCUGACACAGAAUCAGAUGACAGCGAGGAAAAGUCGGAAUCUCCGAAGGGGCCAGCGGACUUGUGCGCUGAAAUGUUCACGAGACAAGUAUAUUUGGGGCCGAUGCUCUUGUACACCGACUAUAUUUGA